AUGCACACUGAGAUGUGUGACGACCAUUUGCUGAAAAAAUUUUGGGAAUUGGAGGCUGAGCCGUCCUUACCCAAAAUGAAAAUGCUCACAGCAGAGGAACAAGCCUGUGAAGCUUUAUUUUCUCAGACUACUAAAAGAGAUGUAGAUGGUCGUUACAUAGUUAAAUUGCCUUUUAAAUCAGUCGAUCCGCCGUGUAAACAAGGUGAUUCUAAACGUAUUGCCUUCAAGAGGUUCCUCAUGUUAGAAAACCGCUUGAUAAAAAAUCCUGACCUCAAAAGGGAUUACACAAAGGUUAUUCAUGAAUAUCAUGAUAUGAACCACAUGGAAAAGGUUAGUGACCCCCUGUCUCCUGGUGUUUACAUUCCUCAUCAUGUUGUGAUACGGCAAGACAAGACGACCACCAAGAACCGCGUAGUAUUUGACGCUUCUUGUACUGACUCAAACGGAGUUUCACUCAACGGUGAUCUGAUGAUAGGUCCGACUCUACAACCAGAGCUGAGGCACUUGAUUAUGAGGUGGCGGUGCUUUCCGAUUUCACUUGUCGCUGACAUAGUGAAAAUGUACCGACAAGUGAAGGUGGCGGAGGAGGAUACAGAUUUCCAAAGGAUUUUAUGGCGUGAAAACCGUGAGUCAGAUGUGCAACAUUAUAGACUCCUAAGAGUUACCUUUGGGUUAUCAUGUGCACCCUACUUGGCUGUUCGAGCUCUACAGCAAUUGGCUUAUGACGAGGGUUCAGAUUUUCCAUUAGCCUCUCCUAGAGUCCUGAACGACUUCUAUAUGGAUGAUCUGUUAACGGGCUGUCACUCUGUAUCCGAAGGAGCACAAAUCUUCCAAGAAAUGACUCAAUUGCUAGCGCGUGGUGGGUUUCCUCUGCAAAAAUGGUCAACAAAUAAUAAGGAGCUGGCAGCUUUGAUGAAUGAGGAUACGCCUGCGAAAGAUUUAGAGCUGAAAACAGACGAUAUUAUGAAGAUCUUGGGAUUAGCUUGGGAUAGAGAGUCUGAUGAGUUUCGUUGUAUAGUUACACUUCCUCCUUUAGAAUGCCCAGUUACGAAACGUAAAGUCAUCUCUGAUAUAGCUCGUUUGUACGAUCCCUUGGGUUGGAUAGCCCCGGCUAUAACAAUGGCUAAAAUAUUCAUCCAAAGAUUGUGGUUGUCGGGUAUCGAAUGGGACGAUGAGCUGCCAUCAUCACUGCUGGAUGAUUGGAUUAAAUUUAGGAAUGACUUGAGCCAGCUCACCGUCGUUCGUAUGCCAAGGUGGGUAAAUUUAUCCAAGAGCGACCAAUGCGUCGAGUUGCAUGGUUUUUCAGAUGCCUCCAACGUCGCGUAUGCUGCUGUUGUGUACAUACGUAUUAUUGACCAAGACGGGAUGAUAUACGUGCAUUUGAUUACCUCCAAAACCAGAGUUGCACCUAUUAAACAGGUUUCCAUCCCCCGGCUGGAGCUGUGUGGCGCCGUACUGCUGGCCAAACUGUUGAAUGAAGUCGCAGAAAUACUCAACAUACCGAAAACGCAGAUACACGCUUGGACCGACUCUACAAUAGUUUUGGCUUGGUUGCGAAGUCACCCGAGUAGAUGGAAAACCUUUAUCGCUAAUAGAGUGUCGGAGAUUCUGACGAUAACAGAUGCAACUCAAUGGUCUCACGUGGGAACUAAGGAGAACCCAGCAGAUUGUGCAUCUAGAGGAUUGCUACCUUCUGAAUUCACCAACAAUCUGCUCUGGAAAGAAGGUCCCAAGUGGCUAUACAAGGAAAAGAUAUUAUAUACAACAGGAGUAACAGACACUAACAUGGAAGAACGGAAACAAAAGAUAAAAUGCUACAAUAAUUGUGAAGGUGUACAUGAUGACUUGUUUUCCAGAUUCUCAUCUCUGAUCAAGCUCACACGAGUGUUGUCGUACUGCCGUAGAGUUCUUCAAUGGAGACAACCUAAAGGAGAGAGAACAGAUACAGCGAAUGUUACUCUAACAGCAAAGGAAAUAAAGGAAACCUUAUAUACAUACAUCAAAAUAAUUCAGGGACAGCAAUUUAGCGAUGAUAUAGAGUGCUUACAAAAAACCGGAAAGUUAAAUAAAAAGAGUACACUGAAUUCUUUGAGCGCUUUCCUGGAUUCAAACCAAAUUUUGCGAGUAGGCGGAAGACUUCACCAUGCUCAUAUCAGCGAAGAUAUGAAGCACCCCAUAAUUAUUCCCCACAAGUCACACCUCACUACUCUUUUGAUUCGACAAGCUCACGAGUCCACUAUGCACGGAGGUCCUCAACUCAUGCUAAACUAUUUAAGGAGCACUUACUGGAUCAUCAACGUUAAGGGCCUCGUGAGACAGUACGUAAGAAGGUGUGUGACUUGUAUUCGUCAUUCCGCACAACCCAAUCAACCAUUUAUGGGUCAAUUACCCUCUUCUAGAGUCACUGCACAUCGACCUUUUCUUGCAUGUGGAGUAGACUACGCAGGCCCAAUCAGCAUACGGGUAUCAAAGGGUCGAGGUCAUCGCUCCACAAAGGGAUAUAUCUGCUUAUUUAUUUGCAUGUCCACUAGGGCCAUACAUCUUGAAGCAGUCAGCGACAUGACUUCUCAAGGAUUCUUAGCAGCGUUUAAGAGAUUUGUAGCUAGGCGAGGUCAUGUCGCAGAUAUGUGGAGCGACAACGGUACCACCUUCGUUGGAAGUGCCCGAGAGCUAAGGGAUCUGUUCGAUGUGGAAAGGUCGAGUGUUGCACAAGAGAUCGCAAAUUGGUUAUCUUCCAAUCAAACCAAUUGGCACUUUAUCCCUCCACGUUCUCCAAACUUUGGAGGACUUUGGGAGGCUGGUAGAGAAGAGAAGAAGUAUCCUGGGACUAUAUGCUGGUAG